AUGGCGUGCAGAAGCCAGGAUAGGGAUCCAAUGCGCGAAAAUCCCUCUUCGACCGUGGCGGACGAAACGAGACUCUUUGGCGGCAACAAUGUACGAGACCCUAAUGCGGUGAGGAUAAAACCAGGGCAGACCUUUAGUUUAAGACCUGUCAAUACAUUAGCAAGGGGUGUGAGAUCUAGCGGACCGGUACGCGCAAAUGGCAAGGAAAAGAAUGGAAAGGGAUCGUUCUUCACCAGCCAGGCUCGCUCGACUCGUUCUGCAGACGCUCCGGAGAGGUCGUCGAAACGCCGACGGAUUGAAGGUCCAGAGGAAAGACAAGACUUGAUUACGAUCUCUGAUGACGACGCACCAGGACCUUCAUCUGCAAGGAUAUCGCCUGUCACUACUCGCUCGAACGUCAAAUCUCCUACACCGAGUCAGCACUCAAGCAACGUGAAAGGGCGGCGGAAUUCCAGUAGCAGUCAUAAGUCGGAAUAUCGGGAGGCUGACAGGGAGACGAGGGUCACCAGGCCUAGCCCUAAGAAGAAAAUCAGUUUCGCCGACCGUUACUCGUCCCCCGAGCUUAGUUUUACCAUUGAUGCUGCCAACCAGAGGCGAAGAGAAUCUGUCUUGCCGAGCGGAGAUUUCGAUAAAGCCUCAAGAAAAGUACCAGCACAAGGGUCCAUUAUGAGCGUUGAGAUACCGAAGAAGCUCUCAGUGCCUAACCCUGCUGAAACUCCUCCGCCACGUCACGCCGGGAAAUCGCGCGCCUCAUUGUCAAGAGAUAGCCCGGAUGAGUUACAAGGCGAUGUGACAGUUGGACCUAUCCCUUUGACUCUGAACAGGCCUAUAAGAGACUCGCAGAGCGAACCCUUGCCCUCGGACAUUCGCCCCGCCGUCUUUACUUCUCAGGCAAAGUCUAAGUCCAGGAAUAAGAAAGCAAAGGCUAAGAAGGGCUUACUAGCUCCGCAAAAUUUCAAGAUCAUCUAUUACCGUGGCGGCGGCAUCUUAGCGGGCGAUUUAGGACAUAAACACGGUUUGCUUACCGUGAAGCCUGACAGCGACGAACCGGGCGAGAUUACCACAGUUGCUGGCCCUGGAAUUAUCCAUUCGAUUCCUCUACGGAAAAUCUUAAAGGUCGUGGUGGGCGAAUCGCCCAGCCGAAAAGUUCGGGCUGAGUUGUCUAAAUCAGGGGUAGAUGAUACCAAAAUCGACAUUGAAUUGUCCUCAUCAGACCAAAAGAACCAACUUUGCUCCUUCCUAAGCGAGCUCAAGGUUGAACUGCAAGAAAAGAAAGGGGAUCAUCUAGAUGGUGCAUUCAGGAAAAGCGCCCGAGAACAUCAAAAAUCUUCUAACGGCAUCAAACGACCGCUUGGUCUGCUCGACUUUGCGGAAGAGACGCCCAAGCCGCCUGCAGGUUCGACAACUAAGAGAAAAAGGCUUUCGGAUCAGCUUCAAGAUAAGAACGAAGACAUUGCUGCGCAGCGGAGUCCGGACACCGCUCUCGGGAGGCGUACCAGCCCCUCGCCUCCUGCUACAAACGGCGAAACUUCUGCCUCUAAUCGCGCUUCAACUCCUCUCUCUGGCCCGCAGCCCAGCGUAGGCGUUGAGAUUCCCGUUAAGAAAUUCUAUACCAAUUUGCAGGCGCCUGCUCGUUCUACGAGAUCCAUGUCGCGACAAACACCGACUACUCUGAUUUGUGACGAUGAUGACGACGGUCAUGAAGAAAAACAGAUAUCAAACUCCAACCUAGAUGUGGAUCCGAAAUGGACUCUCAUGUACCCGCGAUCUGGAAAGAAAAGGGCAGGAGUGGAUGGCCUGGAUCUGAAGAGACUUGAACCCGACGAAUACCUCAAUGACAACCUCAUUGGCUUCUACAUACGCUUCCUCGAAGAUCAUCUUCAGCGGUGCAACCCGGAAGCAGCAAAGCGGGUUUAUUUUUUUAACUCGUACUUCUACGAAGCGCUCACCAAGAACAGCAAACGCAAGGGCAAUAUCAACUACGAGAACGUCGAGAAAUGGACUCGGAACGUUGACAUCUUCAGCCAUGACUAUCUGGUCGUACCAAUCAACGAAAGUCAUCACUGGUAUCUUGCCAUCAUAUGCAACUUGCCGUAUCUAGAGGGUAUCAAGACAGAAGAGAAACCAUCGACAUCUGACUCGCCGGGAGAAGUUGAGGAAGUGCGAGAGACACCAGAACCUCAAUCUGAGGAGGGAGCAUCUGCAGACCCGCAGUCCAUCAAAGAGGAGUCGGCUAGGCAGUCUCUGGCUUCCAUGAGCCUUUUUGAAACGCAAGAGUCGCAACCGGAUGGAUCAAAGUCAGGUGAAGAUGAAUGGCCUGAGUGCGAGGAUUACCCAGGUGUAGCCCGUGCGAAGUUGGCUGACUGUUCGAGUCAAGUCCUAUCUGACUCUCAGAACGAAUCCGGGCAAGCUGGGACGUCCAAGCAGCCGCGCAAAUCCAAGAAAAAGCAGUCAUUCGGGCAGAAGUAUCAUUCCUGCCAGCCAAUUAUCAUUACUUUUGAUUCAUUGAAUGUAGGUCGCUCACCGACCAUCACCACUUUCCGCGAAUAUCUAUUCGCGGAAGCCAAGUCCAAACGGGACAUCGAAAUCGACAAAUCCCUGAUUAAGGGGAUGAGCGCAAAGGAGAUUCCUCUCCAGCCGAACUUUUCCGAUUGUGGCCUCUAUCUCCUCGCCUACCUUGAGAAAUUCGCUCAGAAUCCCGAUGAAUUCGUGCGGAAGCUCCUCCGAAGGGAGAUGCGCGCUCAAGAAGACUGGCCUCCGCUGAAGUCCGGUCUUUUACGUACUCGUCUGCAUGGAUUCUUGGAGCUGCUAUACACUGAGCAAAAGCAGCUCACUGAAGGGAAAUUGGACGAGGACGCGCUGAUGGUAAACCAGCAACCAAUUUCGUACCUACUCGGUCCACCAAGCACAGACGACAAGGAGGUAGGUGAAGAGAAAAAGAACCCGCAGGUCCAAGUACAAGUCGGUCGCUCGCCAACGCCCAGAGCGAAGUCGAAGACCCCCGUCCGGAGUCGUGAGCCCUCAGCCCAGCGCGCCAGUCCGAAGCCUGAGACUAGCCAUGACAUGAACCCUACUGAAUUUGAAACGCAAGGAUCGGUGCAGUACAUUGGUCAGACUUCUGGCUCGCAACCCAAAUCACCUAAAUUGGAGGCACAGAAUCGGCCGACCAAAGGCGUGGUCGUUGAAGUACCAGAUAGUCAAGAUCGGGUUCAGGCGAACGCUCCACCAACUGCCGCGCUAUCAACCAAAUCUCGUUCUCUUGAACCGCGUAGGCAGCGCGCAGACACUGUCGCGGUGUACAUCGAUGACACCGAUGCUGUAGAGGAAUCCGCUCCGCAUAAACAAAAGAAGGGUCGACGAAGAGCUGAGGAACCACAAGUUCUGGAGACGCCACCAGGGUCUCCUAAUGCCUGGUAA